AUGACCGGUGUCAACCCCCAGACAACCCGUUUGAGCUCGGUAUCAAAACGCAAGAAAUCAUCUGCCGAAGAUAACCCUCUGAACCAAGAUGGCGCGUCAACAACCAUAACCCCAGAACAGCCAACCAAAGCCAAGCGACGCAGAAAAGCCCAAGAUCCAACUUCUCCAAACUCAUCAACAAUAUCCACACCCAACAAUACCUCCGAUAUACUUAAAGAAAACCUGGCACCCAAAAAGGCCGCCAAAAAGGGACCCAAAUCCAAAGCAACGCCGCCACCAAAAAGCACUCCAUCUACACCAUGGCCGGACCCAUUCAAGAAACUGUCACGGACGCACCGCGCCCUGAAUAUAGUAUACACAUUCUGCUGCACACGGAAGCACUUCGCCACAACAUUUGAGAACAUCAAGAAAGCGGUUCAGGCGCAGAUGGGCGAGGAAUUGACGGUUGAGGAGAUUGCGCGGGUGAGGGUGCUUGUGCCGCGGGCGGUACGGUUUGAGUAUGUUGAUGAGGCGAAACUGGAAGUGAUGACUGUUGGGGACAAGGAGAUAGUGGAAACUUAUGGUCGGCAUAGAAGAUAUGAGCUUGAUAAUAGUGGCGAUAGUGAUAUAGAGCCAUCCUCACAGAGUAAAGCUCUGUUAUUCGAGUUUAUAGAUGGUGAUUUGAAGAGGGAAACCCAACGAUCUAAGUCUGGGGAGGAUGCAAAACCCGUGCGCAAGUUGAAAGAUGAAGAUCUGAAGAUGCCAGUCUACAGCCAGAAGCAGAUGCUCGCGUUAAUCGAGAAGCGGAAUAAAAAGUUCUCAGACGCGGUUGAUACUUUCUUAGUACAGUGUGAAGACGACAGUACUGACCCAGUUGAGAAACUCGAACGGGAAAAGGAUGCUUGGAUCCCUGUACCUCCAGAUGAUGAUAAUGCGGUGCCUGUGACGAGUGCUCCGCCACAGCAGAUCCCCAAGGAACGCAAAUCUAUGUCGGAGAUUAUUACGGAGAUCCGUGAGAUGGACUGGUAUUCAGCACAGAUCGUACCAGAGGGCCAUAGGGUGAUCGACGCUCAGCCUGCUAUUUACGGAGAGUUGUCGUUUAGGCUUUCUCAAAAUCUCGUCAAUGCCCUGUAUAACACACGGAGUAUCACGCAGUUCUACUCUCACCAGGCGGAAGCAAUCAAUCAUCUGUACGAGGGUCACAACGUCAUUGUUUCCACCUCUACCAGUUCUGGUAAAUCGUUGAUAUACCAGGUUCCGAUGCUACAUGAACUGGAAAAUGAUCAUGAUAGCCGGGGACUGUAUAUAUUUCCCACGAAGGCCUUGGCCCAGGACCAGAGACGAAGUAUGAAAGAUCUACUGCAGUAUAUGGAAGGUUUGCAACAUACCAUGGUCGAGACAUUCGAUGGUGAUACGCCAAUGGAGAAUCGUAAUAUGGUUCGUGACGAGGCGCGAAUCAUCUUCACGAACCCAGAUAUGCUACAUAUCACAAUCUUACCACAGGAGAGUGCCUGGCGUACAUUCCUAAAGAGUCUGAAAUUCGUUGUGGUCGACGAGCUACACGUCUACAACGGUCUCUUCGGAUCCCAUGUUGCAUUCGUCAUGCGGCGACUACGCAGGAUAUGUGCAGCUGUAGGGAACCGCCAUGUCCGGUUCAUCUCAUGCUCAGCUACAGUGGCAAACCCUGAAGGCCACAUGAAGGCUAUUUUCGGCGUUGAAGACGUCAAACUAAUAGACUUUGACGGCUCUCCCUCUGGCCGAAAAGAGUUCAUAUGCUGGAACACACCCUUUAAAGACCCUGGCGAUCCUACUUCAGGACGUGGAGACAGCGUCGCUGAAACCGCACGACUGUUCUGCCAGCUAAUCCUGAGAGGCGCAAGGGUAAUAGCGUUCUGUAGGAUACGCAAGCUAUGCGAGGUCCUCUUACAGGCUGUGCGGGCUGAAUUUCAGACCCUCGAAAGACCAGAAAUUGGUAACUUGGUUAUGGGCUAUCGAGGCGGGUAUAGUCCCCAGGAUCGACGGAAAAUUGAAAAGGAAAUGUUCGAGGGCCAGCUAAUGGGGAUCGUGGCGACCAAUGCCCUCGAGCUGGGUGUCGAUAUCGGCUCUCUAGAUGCUGUCAUCACCCUCGGCUUCCCAUAUUCCAUCUCCAACCUACGGCAACAGAGCGGCCGUGCCGGACGCAGGAACAAGGAUUCCCUCUCGGUGCUCGUCGGAGACAGAUAUCCCACAGACCAAUACUACAUGAAAAACCCAGAAGAACUAUUCACCAAACCCAACUGUGAGCUGCAGGUGGACCUAGCCAACGAGCUCAUCCUCGAGGGCCACGUGCAAUGUGCCGCAUUCGAGAUGCCCAUCCGCCCCGACGAAGACAGCAUCUUCUUCGGGCAACAACUCCCCGAAUUCGCCGCUACACGCCUCACACAAGACGCCCUAGGCUUCUACCACUGCCAUGAACGAUUCCGCCCACAACCAUCCCGCUGCGUCUCCAUCCGCGACACAGAAGACCAGCACUUCGCCGUCAUUGACGCCACCACGCCCGCAACAUUGUCCUCGAAGAAGUCGAGGCGCGGCAUUUUCCUCCACCAGGGCCACACAUACCUCGUCAAGGAACUCAACCCCGACAGCCGGUUUGCGCGCGUCGUCCGCGUCCACGUCGACUGGAACACCAUGCAACGCGACUACACAGACAUCGACCCCAUCGAAACAGAAACCAUCCGACAGAUUAGCCCGACAACGAGCUCCCGCGCCUUCUACGGCGCCGUACGCAUCCACGCGGUCGUCUACGGCUUCUUCAAGAUCGAUAAACGAGGUCGCGUUCUCGACGCCGUGGCGGUUGAUAACCCGCCCAUCGAUAUCCUUACCAAAGGCAUGUGGCUCGACGUACCCACACGGGCCCUCGAAAUCCUCGAAUCAAGACACCUCAACAUCGCGGCGGCCAUACACGCUGCCGAACACGCCGUUCUCUCCCUACUCCCCACAUUCGUCAUUUCCUCCCCGGGCGACGUGCGAACAGAGUGCAAGGUCGCGAAAAAGGAACUAGGCAAGAAUCUACGAGUCGCCGUCGAAGCCCGAAGCAAGGAGAAAGAGAAUAUCCAGAAUAUCCUCCGACCUCCUGCCCGCCAACGACCCGCACGAUUAAUGUUCUAUGACGCCAAGGGCGGGUCCUGCGGUUCUGGAAUUGCAGGAAAGGCUUUUGAGUUUGUCGAUGUACUUCUUCGACGCGCGGUAGCGAGGAUCGAGGCUUGUCAGUGUAUUACACCGAAGGGAUGUAUUGAAUGUGUUUGCGACGAACGGUGCAAGGAGAUGAACGAAGUGAUGAGUAAAGCUGGGGCGGGAGUUGUGCUGAGGUGUUUACUUGGUUGGGAGGUCGAUGUUGAUUCUUUGCCGUGGGGUGAGGAUGUGAAUGGGGAGGAUGGAGUGGGGGAAUUGGCGGGUGGAUUGGAGACGGUUGUUCCGGCUCAGGAGGUUCGGGUUCGGUGUUGA